AUUCUCUCUCCCUCGCUCUCCUCUGCCCUUCUCCUUUCCCAAAUAUCGUCACCGUCUCCCGCCCUUUGACAGCAAUAGCGUAGAAGGGCUAUUCUGAGGGUAAGAAGCCCCCUUCCCCGCGCCCAUUGUUUGCCAUUGUCGUGUCUUGUUUUUCUCGUGCCUGGUCCACAACUGCGAGCUAACCACAGUCCGCCCGCUUGACAGGCCUGAUCUCUCUGUUCCUUGCCACCCCUUCCAACCCUUCCAACCCUUCCAUGGUCGGAAGCAGGAAAUCCUUCCCCCUCCAUUCGACAACUCACCUCCUCACCACAACCGAACCCGUCGUCGACACAUCGACCCCGGCCGACCCGCGACUUGAUCGAACACACUCCCCCAUUGCGGAUAUCAAUAGGUGAGUUGGAAACCAGACAGAGAUGCAUUUGUUUGUUUUUGGCUUCGUUUUUACCCCCCCCCCGUUGCUGGGCGGCUCGUGGCCCCUAAGAAAAGGGCUCAGUUCCCGGUCCCGAGUUCUGGGCAGAUGCGAGACGUCCUUGUCCGCCUUUUUCACCGUCCUCAUAUUCCGAGGCGAGACUCCCCGUGAUCACGCAUCUGAUCUGUCCACUGCACCGAUGUCCCUUGGUUGCACCGGGUGAAAGACUUGAGCCGUUCCUUUGACUACACUGCACCAUACUACUACACCGCCUGUGCCCAGUUUUUUCCCUCAUCCGGUUCUACCCUAAGCCCAAGACCUGAAACCUCGAAACACGCCUAGGCAAGAGGCUAACGGCUCCAUUUAAACUACAGUCUUUCGCAACGUCCGAACGACUUCAAACCCUCUCACUGUCGAUUAACCACUGAAUCUUCUCGGAACGACACAUGACGUCCGCCAACAGCAUGACUACCAUGGAUCUUCGCGUCGGUAAUAAGUACCGCAUCGGUCGCAAGAUCGGUUCCGGUUCUUUCGGCGACAUCUACCUGGGCACCAACAUCAUCUCGGGCGAAGAAAUUGCCAUCAAGCUCGAAAGCGUCAAGGCCAAGCACCCCCAGCUGGAAUAUGAGGCCCGCGUCUACAAGUCCCUUGCCGGUGGUGUCGGCAUUCCCUUCGUGCGGUGGUUCGGCACCGAGUGCGACUACAAUGCCAUGGUCCUGGACCUCCUCGGCCCCUCCCUGGAGGAUCUCUUCAACUUCUGCAACCGCAAGUUCUCGUUGAAGACGGUCCUGCUCCUGGCCGACCAGUUGAUUUCCCGCAUUGAGUACAUCCACGCCAAGUCGUUCAUCCACCGUGACAUCAAGCCCGACAACUUCCUCAUGGGUAUCGGUAAGCGCGGCAACCAGGUCAACGUGAUCGAUUUCGGUUUGGCCAAGAAGUACCGCGACCCCAAGACGCACUUCCACAUUCCCUACAGAGAGAACAAGAACUUGACUGGCACCGCUCGUUAUGCGUCUAUCAACACUCACCUGGGCGUCGAGCAGUCUCGCCGUGACGACAUGGAGUCUCUCGGCUAUGUCAUGCUCUACUUUUGCCGUGGAUCUCUGCCUUGGCAGGGACUCAAGGCUGCCACCAAGAAGCAGAAGUAUGACCGCAUCAUGGAGAAGAAGAUGACGACGCCCACCGAUGUGCUGUGCCGCGGGUUCCCUAACGAGUUUGCUAUCUACCUGAACUACACUCGCUCGCUCCGCUUCGACGACAAGCCGGACUACAGUUACCUCCGCAAGAUCUUCCGCGACCUCUUCGUCCGCGAGGGUUUCCAGUACGACUAUGUCUUUGACUGGACUGUGUACAAGUAUCAGAAGAACGCCCAGGCCAUCCAGCAGGCUGCCAACCAGCCCGGUCAGGCCGCCGCCGAAUCCAAGGACAACACUGCGGCCGCCCGUAAGGAGAGCCAGCCCGCUGCCCCCCGCGGAACCAGGAAGGUCGGCGAGACCCCCGAGACCAACCGUGCCGUCGGAGGAAGCGACAGGAUGCUGCGCUCGGCCGCUAAAGGUCAAGGCGCUGGCACGGGAUAUGCUUCCAAACAGUACCGCCCCAUGGAGUGAAGCAACACCUGAUACUGGCAAUUUUCACACGGAACCCUCUUUCCCCUUGGGUUGUAGCAUUAGUGGAUUCUCAUCGAUUGUCUGUGGGUUAUGGUCGACCUGCGGCCCCCACUAUGAAUUGUCCUUGAUUUCUACGGCAGAGCACAAUCUCGUGCUCUGCCGGGAGCGGAUCAGCAUCGAUAGCAGAUACACGCCUCAGCACCCAGUUUUACGAAUUGCGUCUUUUUCUUUUUCGUUUUUCGGCAUCUCAUCGGUUAUGACCCCCCCUUCUUUUUUUUUCCCUUCUGGCUCGGAUGACUGUUUAUUCACAAGUGUUCUCGCAAGCUGCUUGGCCCCUAUGGCUAGGAGCUUGGAGAGGAUUUCGGACUGGGUAAACUGAUCGGACGAACGGCAUGCCCGGCACUCUGACUUGUUCGGGGUGUCGAAUAUCGAGAGACGGUCGGCUGUCGGCGGACCAGAUUCAACAUAAUGCUGCGCAACUUGGUUGGAUUGGGGAGACUGCUUGUCUGUCGACGGUUUCGAGCAGCUGGCUUUUCGGGUCGCCACAACAGAUUGACAACACAAGGCACACCGCUUUCGACACGGACUACCGCGCUCAAACUUUUCUUUCUUGUUUUUGUUUUCUGUUUUUUUCCAUUAUGCCUUUUCGUCACUUGCACUUCAUCGCAUCGGGAUCCGCUUGUGGGGAGGUCAGGGGAAGAAGCGUUUUCUUUUGCAAUGAUGGGCAAGACGAGAUGGAGAUCUGGCAAAACCGAACUUGCGUCUUUGGUGAUUUCCGCUUCCCAGUGGUACUUUUAAAGGGCUUGCGGAGGCGUAGUUGGAGAUCCAGAGGCACGUCGUUGCAUUGCUUGGCGGGGAGGCUUUGAGUCGAGGAGGCUGUGACACAUGGGGAUGGCUGGUUGGGGGAAACUGCGGAGUGGUAUGGAUUGGCCGCUGGCGGUGAUGUGAUUCAGGAGAGAGGACCAUGGGAUCACGCACUAGCUAGUACUGUACCAUCUCCGUGGACCUUCUUCGGAGAAUUUCCCCUGCGGUCAUGGUCGGGGAAGCCGGACGGGAAUAAGUGGAACUAGGAAGCUGCGCCGGGUCCGGGUUUGGGGAGGCGACUCGCACUCAAGACUGAACUGGGGACGGCAGGCAAUGCAUGGCGGCAGGUAGUUUUCAUAAAUUCAGGUCUUGUUUUGCUCUUCACAA